UUCCCUUAUUAGCAAGCAGCAGCAGCAGCAGCAGCAGCCCUGGAGGCGGUGGCGUUCCCCCUCUCCACCUGCCCGAUAUGGAGGCCUCUGCCCCCUCCCUCCUCCUCCUCCUCCUCCUCUUCCUCCUCCUCUUUGCGUCUUCUCUUUCGCGCCCUUCUUCGGCCCUCUCUUCUGACGCCGGAGCCGCCUCCACCGCGCGCCGCCAGCUCCUGGCCCUCAUCGAGAAUGGAAUCCUCCCCGACGACUUCGAGUUCGACAUCGAGAUCGGAGUCCGCAUCGCCAAUCCGCGCCUCCGCCGCGCCUACAUCGCCCUCCGAGCCUGGAGGAGCGCCAUCUACUCCGAUCCUUUCAACUACACCGGCAACUGGCAGGGCCCCGACGUGUGCACCUACAACGGCGUCUUCUGCUCCCCAGCCCCCGACGAGCCUUCGCUCAACGUCGUCGCUGGCGUCGACCUUAACGGCGCCGAUAUUGCCGGCCACCUCCCCCCGGAGCUUGGCCUCCUGACCGACGCUGCGCUCUUCCACAUCAACUCCAAUCGCUUCUGCGGCACCAUCCCCAAGAGCUUCUCCCGCCUCGUCAUCCUCCGCGAGCUCGACGCCAGCAACAACCGGUUCGUCGGCCCUUUCCCGCGCGUCGUUCUUGGCCUCCCCUCCCUCACAUACCUCGACCUUCGGUUCAAUGACUUCGAGGGUGCUCUGCCACCGGAGCUCUUCGACAAGGAGCUCGACGCCAUUUUCUUGAACGACAACCGCUUCAGCUCUGGCAUCCCUGACAACUUCGGCAACUCCAAGGCCUCCGUCGUCGUGCUCGCCAACAACAAGCUCGGCGGGUGCAUUCCGGCCAGCGUCGGAAACAUGGGAACCACCCUCAACGAGCUCAUCCUUCUGAACAAUGGGCUCGUGGGGUGCUUGCCGCCGGAGAUGGGGAUGUUGGGCAACGCGACGGUGGUGGACGCCAGCUGGAACUCUCUCACCGGCGAGCUCUCUAAGAGCUUCCAGGGGCUGAGCAAGGUGGAGCAGUUGGAUCUGUCGCAUAACGUCCUCAUGGGUGUGCUUCCGGGGAGGCUCUGCCAAUUACCGAGCCUCGCCAACUUCACGGUCUCGUACAACUUCUUCACAGGCGAGGCUGAGGAGUGCGUGCCGUCAUCAACGAAGUCGGAGCUGGUGGUCGAUGACAGGAGCAAUUGCCUCGCGAAGAGACCGAGACAGAAGUCGAACAGGUUGUGUGCGCCGGUGGUGAGCCGCUCUGUCGAUUGUGGCCGUUUCAAAUGUGGAUCUUCUCCGAACAAACCCACUUCGUCUCCUGCGAAACCAUCUCCGAGGCAGAAGACAACAUCGCCGCCGCCGAAGUCGAAGCCACCUGUUCGUUCACCACCUCCGUUGGUCCACUCACUUCCACCGCCAACUCCAGUCUCCUCGCCGCCACCGCCGCAACAGAAAAAAUCUCCCGCCAGACCAGUGCAUUCAUCACCACCACCACCAUCGUCCUCGGAGUCACCGGUUAAGCGAGUUCGCUCCCCGCCACCCCCAGUCAAGACUCCAAAGUCAUCGCCACUACCAACGCAUUCACCACCUCCUUCAGUUCGCUCACCAUCUCCAAGUUCCUCACCACCACCUCCUCCAGUUCACUCAUCACCCCAUCCGAAUUCCUCACGGCCACCAUCACCAUCACCGCCUGUCUAUUCACCACCUCCACCGAUUUAUUCACCACUACCUCCGCUGAUUCAUUCACCACCGCCACCAACCCAUUCAGCACCUCCACCAUCCCAGCACUCUUCACUACCUCCGGUUUCCUCACCAACAUCUCCAGUCCAUUCACCACCCCUACGUGUUCAGUCACCACCACCGCCAUCACCACCAGCUGCAUCACCUCCGUCACCACCAGUGCACUCAUCACCUCCGCCACGACCGGCGCACUCACCACCACCACCAACUGCAUCACUUCCGCCACCACCAGUACACUCUCCAUCGCCACCACUAGCGCACUCACCACUGCUGCCACCGGCGCGCUCACCAUCGCCUCUGCCACCACUAAUGUACUCACCACCACCACCAUCACCACCAGCUGCAUCACCUCCGUCACCACCAGUGCACUCAUCACCUCCGCCACCACCAGCGCACUCACCACCACCACCAACUGCAUCACUUCCGCCACCACCAGAACACUCUCCAUCGCCACCACUAGCGCACUCACCACCGCCGCCACCGGCGCGGUCACCAUCGCCUCUGCCACCACUAAUGCACUCACCACCACCACCAUCACCACCAGCUGCAUCACCUCCGUCACCGCCAGUGCACUCAUCACCUCCGCCACCACCAGCGCACUCACCACCACCACCAACUGCAUCACUUCCGCCACCACCAGUACACUCUCCAUCGCCACCACUAGCGCACUCACCACAGCCGCCACCGGCGCGCUCACCAUCGCCUCUGCCACCACUAAUGCACUCACCACCACCACCAACUGCAUCGCCUCCGCCACCGGCAGCGCACUCACGACCACCACCGACAAUUGCAUCGCCUCCGCCACCAGUAGCGCACUCAUCACCACCAGUAAUUGCAUCGCCUCUGCCACAACUAGUGCACUCACCACCACCAGUAAUUGCAUCGCCUCCGCCACCACUAGUGCGCUCACCGCAGCCACCAACUGCAUCGCCUCGGCCACCACCAGUGCACUCACCGCCGCCACCAACUGCUCCGCCUCCCCCACCACAAUUGCACUCACCAACACCACCAGCGCAUUCAUCACCGCCACCUGUUCGGUCACCACCGCCACCACUAGUGCUCUCACCACCGCAACCAGUUGCAUCGCCUCCACCACCUCCAAUUACCUCGUCUCCACCACCACCACCAGCACACUCACCGCCAACUCCACCACAAGUGCACCCAUCGCCACCUCCAACCCCUUCACAACCCAAAGGCUUCUCCGCAUCACCACCGAUCUCAUCUCCUCAUCAAGCUCCUCCGUCUCCACCACCAACACCUCCAACCGACAACGACGUCCUUCCACCAGUCGGCGGAUUGAGCUAUUCAUCGCCGCCGCCCCCCAUCUAUCCGGGAUACAAUUAGCCAUACCUCGAUAUCUUCUAGUGCACCCAAAUCUGUAGAGCAUAGCGGCGCAAAAGAGGAGGCGCGACAGGCAGCAGCAUGGAAACCAUCUCAUCGUCUUCAUGCAAAGGAAUUGCCAGCCUACGUAUCUGCUCUUCCCUUCUGCGACCAUUUCAUAUGUUCCUUUAAUUGUAGGUAGAUGGAUUUUUACAAUGCCGUCCUCGACCUCCUCUUUUACAUGCGUUACUUCGUUAGACUCAAUUGUUUGUGAG